AUGGAACAUCAUAGGCAUUUUCUCAUGUUUAAAUUGGAUAAAUUUGAUGACUGGAAAGUUCGUAUGCAUGCUCACUUGUCUGCCAUGCAUGAUGAGAUGUGGGACGUGAUCACUGAUGGACCCAUCCAAAUAUUACAAGUGAACCCCAAUCGUAUUCCUACUGACCCAACAUCACCAGAGAUGAUCCCUAAGGAGAAAUCCUUGUUGACCACCGAAGAGAGAACCCGAGUAAAUCUCGACAACAUAGCCAAGGAUAUACUCUACAAGGCUCUGGACGAAUCAUUGUUUCCUAGAGUAAGAAAGUGCAAGAAUGCUAAAGACAUCUGGGAUGUACUUAUGCUCAUAGGUGAUGCAGAGGAACAAGAGAAUGAGAACAAGUUAACAAUUGCCAUGAAGAAGUUUGAAGAUUUCAAACUCAAUCCAAAGGAGUCCAAAACUGACAUGGAAGCUCGGUUCAUAAAGUUACUGAUGGAGAUCAACGAUCUUGAUGAGAAAAAGCUAUCACAAAAGGAGAUAAACUUGAAGAUUCUCCGAGGACUACCCAAAAGUUGGGAGAUGAAAGUAGUAGCCAUGCGCGAUCACAGAGAUCUCAAAACAACGAGCACUACUCAGAUCUUCAGUGAUCUGAAAGCCUACGAGUUUGAGAAGGAAACACUAAAUGAUGAAGAACCCGAGACAAGGAAUAUAGCCUUAAUCGCAAAUCAUCAACCUUCAUCAUCAACACCAAGGUCGAAUACUAAUUCCUCGCCUGAUUUAUUCACUGACGAUCAGUUUGCUUUGUUUAUGAGAAAGUUCAAAAGGUUCAUGAGAAAGUUCAAAAGGUUCAUGCGAAAGAAUCAAUCCUAUGACAACUCGGACAAGGCAAGAAGAGCGAAGUACCGAAGUAGUGAUAAAACAAGCGGAUCCAGAACACAAGAGAAAGAUGAAACUCAAAUGCUAUGCUACAACUGCCGAAAACCUAGACACUUUAAGGCAGAAUGUCCAUAUCCUAUAGUCAAGAAGCAUCAAGACGAGCACAACUACAGAAAGAAUUCGGGAAAUUAUCAUAACCCGAAGAAUGCACCAAAUGAUGCUGACGAGGAGCCAAACAAGAAUCAGAAGAAUGAUAGGCGAAGGAAGGCUCUAGCUGUAGAAGAAAAGUUAGGAGAUAAGAACGACGAGUCAUGCACGUCUAGCUCCAGCUUAGAGAGUGACAGUUCGGAGGAUGAGAAGGGACUACUGUGUCUCUUCAGUCAAGAGGACUCAGAUGAAGAGUUGUGCCUUAUGGCAGAAGAAGAAGAGGUAACUUCACAAAACCACUCAUCUAAUUAUAGUUCCGAAUCCACAUAUCAUGAAAACCCUAGGGAAGCAUUCGAAAGAAUGAUGAAGAGUUUUGAUGAUAUUGAGGAUUCACACUUCAAGCUUAAAGAAGAGAAUGCUCAGCUAUUGGCAGAAAGACAAGAUCUCGAGGACUUAAAGUCCAAAAAUGCUGAGAUGCUUGAAUCUAUAAGCUAG